AUGGCAUCUCGAACUUCAUGGCCAUCAAUCGACCUAAAUCGCUCCACAUCUUCCAGAGCUGAUGAUCUACCUCCACAGCCACGGCGGUUAGAAGUUGUCUCGAAGCAAGCAACGCGAGUGACAGCCCUCUCAACAAAAUUGGAAUGGAAAAUCGAGCAAUUCGAAAAAUUGAUGAAAUUAGUGAAAAAUGGCUCAAAUCUCAUUUCGAGAAUGUUCAGUGUCCCAGAUGCCCCCACCGUUUGUUGGGAACUUCACGUAUAUCCAAACGGAAAACGCGAUGAAGAUAUGAAUCAUGUUUCAUUCUUUUUGAGACAAGUUGGAUUAGCUCGCGGAGAAGAACCUAUAAUGACAGAAUUUCAAAUUUAUGCUCUCGAUGCUAAUAACCAAAGAGUCAGCGUGUGCAGAGAUACGAAGGACUUCACUAAUCAGCAAGGGCGUGGAAAGUUUCAAGUUACCCGUGACAAGAUGGCUGGUGCACUCCGUUCUGAUGGAACUCUAUUCUUGAUAUGCGAAGUGGAAUAUUUCCCACCGGGAUCGAAAAUAUCAGUAGAACCAGUCGUUGAAGAAGAUGUUUCCUCUGAAGAACCGGAAGAUAUGCCAGAAGUCAUUGUUCGUACGAAUAACAGAAACAUGUGGGAAGAUGAACUGUUCACCGAUUGUGUGAUUCACGUUGGCAACAAGUAUAUAAAAGCACAUCGAUGCAUACUUGGUCAAAACUCACCCGUAUUCAAAAGCAUGUUCUCGUCACCUUCGAUGAUUGAAGCGCAGAAAGGCGAAAUACACAUACAAGAUGCUAAGUAUGAUUCCGUGCGAGCUAUGGUCGAGUUCAUGUAUACUGGAGCCACUGAGUCCCUGGAGUCACAAGGAAACAUCGAUGAGAUCCUGGCCAUAGCCGACAAAUAUGAAGUUUUGAUGCUCAAAGAUCAAUGUGAACGUCUCAUCGCACAAACAAUCAACCUCAAAAACGUCACUCAAAUCGCCAUGUUCUCCGAUACUUAUACUGCCGAUUAUCUAAAGUCUGCAGUGAUUCGCUUUCUCAUGACCCAUCAUCGAGUAGUUAUAAAAACUCAGGACUGGAUAAGUUUGAAGAAAAGCAGGCACGAACUGGCAAACGAGCUGCUCGAAGCUGUUUUGACAACAGAUCAAGAAGAUGAUGACUCCUCACUGGCUCCCAAUAGGGUAUCACCCCCGCCAGCGAAGAAACGCCUACGUCGCAGUGCAAAGUAA